GAGAGAGAGAGAGAAAGAGAGAGAGAGAGAGAGAGAGAGACGCAAGCCGAAGUCCAGCGGGACGGGCUGAACUCCUCCACUUCAGGAUGUUUUACUGGGACUCUUACCUCAUAUCUGACUGCCGGCCUGCGGAGUACAGGCGAACACUUUGGGAAUAGCACGCUUUGGGAAAACUUUUGGCGGCUCUCUUUGCUAAUUUGGGAAUUGCUACUUGAGCAGACGGUUGCGGAGGUUAGCCAACGAAGCUAACGAGAAUUGAAGUAAGAUAAUAAGUGCCAUUCAGCUGGGCUGUUCAACCUGGGACUACAUUCAGCUCCUUCUGUCAGAACCGGAACCUUCGUAGUACAGCAUGAAUAACAAUAUGCAGAACAUAGUUUGCAUAUCGCUGCUGUUAUCUGAUAAGGGCGAUUCGUGAUUUCGCCGUUUCAGAAACCAAAAGUGCUACUAUGAGGUUGUCGGGAAAUUUCCCGAAGCAGGUGUAUUAUUAAGCCGUGACUCUUUAAUGUUGCAAAGAAUGUCCCACUCGGAAAGUUCCAGUUCAUAUUUCGGUUUGGAGGACCCGCAGUGGCUAUGCAUGGUCACCCUGUUCGUCGCAUCCCUGGUUACGCUGGCUCUGUACUUCAUACAGUAUUUCCAUCCCGGGCUCAUAGGAAGCAGGCAGAGAGCAGCAGCUGAGGACAAUGCGGCGGCGGAGGAGGAGGAAGCGGCGGCUCUGCUGGGAUGGGCGCUGUCAAAGCAAAGCUGGAAAAGCCAAUGGAGGAGAGCGUGGUGCAGGGCUCUGAAUGAAGAGGCAACCAAGCGUGGGGGCGAUCUGCUGUUGAUGUUUGAAGAAGAUGGCGUCGAGGCACCAGAAUUGGCCGUCGGCGCCGUGUCCGGCUUUCAGAAAUCAGCCACAAACAAGUCCGCCUCCUGCAGCGUGGUUGGAGAGAAGCUUCAGUUCUCUGUCAGCGCAGCAUCCUCAGCCGGAGUGGAUCCUUGCAAAUACAUGGCAUGCAUAGCUCCAUUACAGCUGCAGCUUCAGCUAAGCAUGCAGGAAGUCCAAGAUGAGAUCAAGGUGAGCUGGGUAGUGUCCCGUUUGGAUACUGAGGGCCUGCACGUGACCCCUGACCUCGCACAGGAUGCUGCCAACACGUGGACUGCGGCGGCCGUCGAGGACCAGCUGAGGCAGCUGCUGGGUGCCACUCGUCCCUCUGUGCUGCUGAGCUGCAGGCCUGCUCAGGCCUCAGAGCGCAAGGAAGCUCAUAACAAAGCGCUGUCGCCGCCAAAGCCGCCGCGCGCCCACGAGUGGAAGCUGCUUGUGAAAAACACUCGGGUCACACUCAGUCAGGAGGAAGAUGCUGCAGGCAGCGUGAAUCCUCUGUGUGUGCUGCAGCUGGACGAUCCCCCCCAGAGGUUUAGCACCUCCGUUUUGAAGAACACAACCAAUCCUACCUGGGAGCAGCCAUUUGUCUUUGAGCUGAACGGAAGAUCAAAGGCGCUUUCUGUUCAGUUGAUGAAUGAUGGUCAACCUCCGGAGAGUUCUCUACUAGGGAAGGUGUAUGUGCCUUUUGAUCUCGUGAAGAAGCAACCCAAAGGACAGCAGACAUUUGCACUUAAGACCAAAGACUCUGUGACUGGAUCUCUUACUACUGAGUUUACCUAUCUAGAGCCCAGUGAGGUGAGGUCCUGGCAACCUCCAACUCCAGCUGCCAGUAAGAGGGUGGAGAUGGACCGGACCGUGAUGCCCUGCGGCACCGUGGUCACCACCGUCACCGCUGUGAAGAGCAAGCCAGGACGACCUCUCCCACUCAACCACACUGAGCCCGCCCUGAAGACGGUCGACAGCAAGGCCAAGCUAGCCGAGCGCCGGGUUUCAGAGCAGGUGUCCCCGCUGGGCGGCCCGGUGAGCAAGGCCUUAUCGUCCUCCGAUACGGAGCUGCUCAUGCUCAACGGGACUGACCCGGUGGCCGAAGCAGCGAUCAGACAGCUCCAUCAGUCUGCCAAGCAGAAGCUCAAAUCGCCGGUGAAGAAGAGCACCAUCAUCAUCUCAGGCAUCGCCAAAACGCCCUUGUCUCAGGAUGACGAACUCGCUCUGAUGGCGGGCUACGCGGCGCAGAUGGACGCCUCGAUGUCGGAGAGUAGCUCCACCCAGGACGUGACCACGGCAGUCGCGUCGGGUACCAGUAGCGUUCCUGAGGGGUCCGAGCCCCAGGAGGGACCCACCGGAGUCGGCCGGCCCCCAGAAGACUGGGAGAGUCAAACUGAAGAAGUGCUAGACAACACGUCGUUGUCCAUGUGUGUGUCUGAGGCGAGCUGCAAGAAAAGCAGAGGGAGCUUCCUUCAGAAGAGCGCCAAGCUCUUCUUCCGGCGUCGCCACCAGCGCAAAGAGCCGGGGAUGAGCCAGUCGCACAACGACCUGGCUUACCUGGAGUCUCCGGCCGCAGUGGAGCGGGCCAGCAGGACCGCCACGCUUAGCCGCAUGCUCAUCCGCCACAGCAAGAGCAGCAAGAACAAGAGCAAAGCUAACGGCUCGACUCCCUCGGGGGAUCCGCACGUGUGACCUCAGCCUCUCUCACAGCUACCAUCAUCACCUCUCCAUGUUAAAGAUGCACUGGCAAAACAUCAAGGCUAACCUUUCUCCCCGCUAACGCCUAGCCUGCAGACGGGAGCCGCUGCACUGUGAACAGGAAGGCUGGGACAGCCUUUCCUUGUGACGUUCAACAUAAGUACUUAUGUACUAAAGAGCUGAUAUUUUACAAACUGCAUGGGUUUACACGUGAACAAAAGCAUACUGUCCAGGGUCAUCGGCCGAUAUCAUUUAGCUUGGUUUCUUUUUAACUAUUUUUUUGUUCUUUUUUGCACUGCAGUCGGGAAUAUUAAGUGCUUUUACGGCCCCGUCACGGACCGAUGCGGGCCGUCUUGUCUUUACCUCACCGACGCAGAAAUACUCCCUGCUGUACUCCGCUGGGUUUCCUACGGCGGAUCAGCAGCACCAAAGAUGAAGAGCAGAGCGCUGCUUGGAUGAAUCGCACGAGUUGACCGUGUGAUGACACAGUUAAAAUUGUUUGCAAAGGGAGAUCAGCAUCAUCGGAUUCUGACUUUAACACUAACGUUACAAUAUGAACAGGUUGAAAAUCAUGAAAUUUGUCUUUUAAGAUGCAUUUGCAGUGGAUGCAAAAUCUCUUCAAAUCCCCCAUCCUGUUUUUUUAACUUAUUUUCUCUGAAUGAAAAAGAAAUGUGAUGAUGAUGAUAAAUGUAGUAUAGCAUGAGUAAGACAUUAAUUUGCAACCUAAAAAUGUUUCACAAGUGAGACCUAAGUACACUGAAAGCAUUGCAUAAAGGUUAUAAAGCAGUUUUCUUUUUACAAAAUUAGCUGUUUCAGUUGAAUUGGUUGUAGAGAGAUUGUGUUACCGUGUAAAACUAGCUUUUAUCACAGCAGCCUGCUUUCAGCUCGUUGUGAUAAUUCAUGUCUAGUCUUCCUAAAAGAUCCCUCCGGUUCACUACUGGUAUCAGUGGUAGGCCUGUCGCGAUAACUAAUUUUGCUGAGCGAUUAAUUGUCUCAAAAAUUAUUGCGAUAAAUGAUAAUAUUGUUUGAAGACCAUUUUAAACUGAUGUAAUGGUAACGACAUAAUAAGCCAAGAGAUAUCGUGCCAAAAAUAAAUACACUUUAUUUUCAAAAGAACAUUUAACAAUGGGACUGGUAAACGACAUAAAACCGAAGUGGAAAUAAAAACUACAUUCAACCAAUAGAGUACAGAUUAUGACGUCUAUAUACUCUCUCGCCCUUCAAUAAUCAUUACAUUCAGAUACAGAAGAUGGGCACAUCCGACUAUCUGAUGCAAUAGUUCACACUACAGACGCAGCCUGUUGAAUCAGAAAGCACGGAGGGGAAUCCCAAACAGCUGACUCAGCUCAACCCAAAGUCCAGCGACAUUGGAGAUGAUAUGUGGAAACAACAUUGAUGUUUAUUCAACAUUUUGGCAAAGAAUAUAGAAAUGACGAGGGGAGGAGUUGGAGUGAAUUUGGUACCACAGUUGAUGAACCCGGUAACUUUUCAGCUGUUCUUCGUUAACGUGACAUAAAUAGGUUGUAAUGAUUUUCAUUCAGUCAGGACGUUACGCUGACACUAGAGCCACAUGCACUGCAGAUAGAUUGUAGUAAAGCAUUGAUUAAUGCCUGGUUUUAAAUUAGUUAGCUGGACUUGUAGCCAUUAUUUGGUGCCCACUGUUGGACACCACAUGGCAGAUCGAACCCGAUGGAACCGUUAUACCUAGGAUUUCUGUCGGCUAAUGUGUGGUCUUAGGUUUUGAAAAUGGGCCGACAAUCGACUGACAGCUCUAAGAUGGUGUAGUGUGCGCUUGGCAUUAUGCUAAGGAUCUGAGCAAGGGAGGGUCAGUGGAGAGCAGCGGAGUUGAGCCUUUUUUCAUUCAGCGUCAACAGAAAGAGAAAAAGGCCAGAAGAGACGAUAAUGGCAAUAAGUAAAAUGAGGUCGAUGGUUUUCAUUUAUCGUGCGAUUAAUUGAUUUAUUGUUUAUCGCGACAGGCCUAGUCAGCGAGUGUAUUGGUGUGUCCAAAGGAAACUGAAUAAACCUUUAUCCUGCUACACAAAUCUGCCAAACUUGCCCCAGUAAUGAACCUUCAUCAUUUAUUUCAUUUAUUCAUUUCAUUCAUUUAUUUCAUUGUUGGUUUUUAAUGCAUUUCUGGAGCAAACCAAAUAGACUGGCUGCUUUGUUUAAAUCCAGCUAAUGAUUGUAUUUCUCUCUCGUUACUGUGCGUCCUUUUUUUUAACUGCUGUUUAUCUGUGAUGUCUUUGCUCAGAGGACAGAGACAGCGCUAACGGAUCGCCUUAUAGCUCCCCUGAAAACGACUUCAGCCACUUUAGGCUUGUUCCUCAGCUUUCCCCAUCUGUCAAGACUAAAGGACCGGAGUGUGUUGUUAAGGUUGCCCUGAGAGACCACCAUACAACCUCUUGCACCAUUAGCUGUGUUUGUAACCUAGAAGCCUAUGCACAUAUCUCAUUCCUGGGUGUUUACAUUAUGGGACGAUUAAAAUCACUUGUUUUGUUUUUCUUUGUCUUAAGGACAACACGUCUGCAGAGGUUGUUGGCUUCCCUGCAUCGUGGUACAUUCAUGACAGGACAGCAGUUUAAGUCUUCGACUGUCUUUUUUUUGUUUUGUUUCUUUAAGAAUCAGUCACGACUGAGGAUGGCGAAGAGAAAACCAAUUUUCUCAAAUCUCCUCCAGCUCCGCAACCCUUAACUCUUCCAGUCCUCAAGAACUUCCCUGUUGUUCAUUCACUAAUAAGCAUCAGGGUUUUGUAUGUUUAUCAGAAUGUGUAACUUUUUAUGUUUUUCUUUUUUCUUUUUUUUUAUGGUGUCUGCUCUGUGCACUGGCUGAAGUCCUGCUGCAGAAUGCCAGAUUUUGGAACUAAAAUCCAAUGAGUUAUUUAAUUUCCAGCAAUAAAUACUGAGUGACUACAUGA